CACAAUUUGUGUGAAGCCAUUACAGGUACAGAGAGAGGGGUCCAUUUUCCAUGGAUUCCUUCAAAGACGUCUCAAAUUCCUUCUCAAAAUCAAAUUUUGGUAGCAAAAUCAGUAUCAAACAAACACAUAAAAAGCUCCCUUUUUCCUCGGAAUUUAUAAUGGCAUAAUUCCGGCAGGCUGCAUUCCGCUACUCAAAUUCAAUUUGUUGUCACUGAAUUUCAUUCUGGGGUUUCCGUUUUCGGCUUGUUGUGCCUCUUUGUCUUGAGCUUUGAACACCUUUUCGGGGAUAAAGGUCGAAUUUUUAUUCGAUCAUAUCAUGGAGGAGAGCAGGCUGUGCCAGUGGAGUGUAAUUCGGUCUAUAUUGGCUAUUGUUCAAUGGUGGGGCUUCAAUGUCACUGUUAUCAUCAUGAACAAAUGGAUCUUUCAGAAGCUGGAGUUCAAGUUUCCAUUAACAGUAUCAUGUAUUCAUUUCAUUGCUUCGGCAAUUGGUGCAUACUUGGUUAUUAAAGUGCUAAAACUUAAGCCUCUUAUUCAAGUUGAUCCAGAAGAUCGCUGGAGGAGAAUUUUUCCCAUGUCGUUUAUAUUUUGCAUAAACAUAGUUUUGGGAAAUGUGAGCCUUCGCUACAUUCCUGUUUCCUUCAUGCAAACGAUCAAGUCUUUUACCCCUGCCACAACAGUCAUCUUACAGUGGCUAAUCUGGAAAAAGCACUUCGACUGGCGAAUUUGGGCUGCUCUGAUUCCGAUUGUUGGUGGGAUUCUGCUCUCGUCAGUCACAGAGCUGAGUUUUAACAUGCUAGGUUUUUGCGCUGCUUUAUUUGGUUGCAUUGCUACAUCUACAAAAACCAUUCUUGCAGAGUCUUUGUUGCACGGGUACAAAUUUGACAGCAUAAACACGGUUUACUACAUGGCUCCUUUCGCAACUAUGAUCUUGGCUGGGCCGGCCAUGGUGCUGGAAGGGCCAGGGGUCACGGACUGGCUCCUUACGUGCCCCUCUCUCUUUUCAUCCCUCGUCAUCAUUUUUGGGUCUGGAGUACUGGCCUUCUGCCUUAACUUCUCGAUUUUUUACGUCAUUCACUCCACCACUGCUGUGACCUUCAACGUCGCUGGAAAUCUCAAGGUAGCAGUUGCGUUCACGUGCUCUUGGCUCAUCUUCCGGAAUCCAAUCUCCGUCAUGAAUGCAAUCGGAUGUGGGGUGACGCUCGUCGGGUGCACCUUCUACGGGUACGUGAGGCAGAUGCUGUCGAACCAAACCCCGGGUGCGCCUGCCUUGCCUCACACUCCACGGAGCAAAACGGAGCUGCUCCCGUUGGUCAGUGACAAACUGGACAGCAAAGUAUGACUCUUGCUCAUGCUUCCUUACAGGCUACAGCCCCCUCUUAACAGAUCAUAUAAUACAUAUAUAUAUAUAUAUAUAAGUAUAUUACAGCCUUAUUCAUUUUAACAAAUGCUGAUCGAUGAAUUUCAUUCUUGUAUGAGAAGGCUAAUGUAAGAGAACCACAAAUCUAAUAGCCUACAUGUUUUUUGGUGAUGAGAAGAGCCUAUUUGUUUUGCAUUUA